AUGGGGAGAGGGGCGGCCAAGACAGGGCGCUCGGCUUCCCCACCGAGGUUUCGCUGGCUCCGGGCGCUCGCCCCACCUCGAGCACCGCUCCACGCCGGGAAGCGAGCAGGCGAGCUCCUACAGAGCAGCAAAGCCCCAGGGCAGCGCCCGAGCGCCGACGCCGCGACAACUCCACGGGGAGUGGUUUUGAAAACAAGGGGAGAGUAUACACAAAAGUCCUCAUUUACUUCUGAUGAUGAAGUCCCACCUCUCAGGAGAAGAAAAUGUUUAAGGAGGAAGAGAACAUAUACCGACACUGGAGACCUUGGUGAGGGGGCCACAGAUAAAAAGAUCACAUUUCCCUGUUCCAUAUGCCAGCAUGAAAUUGAUCUUUCUGAAAUUUUCUUCCAUAAAAAGAUACAUGGAGCUAUGGCCACAUUGGGUUUUCACUGGCUGGGUGAAAAGAAACCAACACGGACAGCAAUGGUUGCUCAGAGACAGGUUACAAUCGCCAACACUUUAACAUCUCUUACAUACCCUGAAAAAGCCUUAGAGAGAGUUAAUCACGCGUUUGAACUACUUUGGAAGAAACACCUGCCAGCAUAUUAUAAGAUCAUUGAUAACUUUCACAGGCGUUACAUAUAUUCUAAAAAACUCUACCAUACGUUAAUUAAAAGCAUAGCUGUUUGUAAUGACAGGAACUCUACAUGGAGAGCAGAGAUGAAUGAUAAAUUCACAGUAGUUAGGAAUUUUGGCAAUCAACGCAAUGUGUGUUUUUUUGGUUUGUUUGCUGGGCAUGAUGGAGCCUCAGCUGCAGAUUUGACAUCAAAGGAACUCCCACUUUUAUUUCUCCAUCAACUUUCCACAUGUGAUCCUUCCUACCAAAUGACCCCUGAAGAACAAAAUACAAUCAAUUCCUUUUGCACAGUGUUUAGGGAAGAUUACACAGCUAUAGAAGAUGUCUUCUCCACAAAGAAAAGAGUGAAAAUAAUGGAGUGUGAGUAUGAGGAUAUACACAAAGCCUUUGCAAAAGCAUUUUGGAGAAUGGAUAGGCUUUUAAGUCUAGGAAGGAAAGAAAUAUCCAGGGCUCAAUGGAGUGGCUGUUCUGCAGUUACUUGUAUGCUGGAAAGCAAGAGUAAAAGUGCCAUUGAUAAGAAAAAUUGGAAAAGAAUCCCUGACCCUGAUGUCUUGGCACAGACCUUCCCUUCUCAGAAGAUAUCACAAUUAAUGUCUGGAGUACUGCAUAUUGCAAACACUGGUGAUGUGGAAGCACUCUUAUGCAGAAAUGGAAAAGGCUUCUCCCUAACCAAAGAACACACUACAAAAAACAUAAAUGAAAGAAAAAGAGUACUUCAGAAAGGAGCGUUUAUUAGCUCAAAUGAACCACAUGGUCUCCUAGAGGGGAAAACAACUAUUACAAGAGGACUUGGAUUUCAUGGAAAUCCCAAACUGAAAAAAUUCAUCAUUCCAGCACCUCGAACUAUUUCUGUGCCUAUAAAUAACUUGUGCCAAUUCCUAAUCUUAGCCACGAAUGGACUCUGGGAAGUUCUGGACAUGAAGGAAGUGACUGCUCUGGCAAAAACAGCAUUUCAGACAUACAAAGAAAGAUACUUCUCCACCAAACAAAGCACAUCUGCCUCAUCCAAAGGGCCUCUCUCGUCCCCAACCAAUGAAGCAAGAAUUAGUGAGCCAGAAAGUAACAUCCACAUAGUGUUUGAGACUAAACCUGAAUCUACACAAGGUGUGUCAUCAACUAGGAAUUCAAAAGAAUUUUUGCCAGAUCCAAAACAUUCUCUACAUUUCACAAGUAACCUAAAAAAUCUAGAAACAUUUCUACCAGAAGUGACUAAUUGUGACACUUACAAAGAGAAAGAAACUCGUGGAACAAACAGUAGAGAUGGUAUGCCUCAAGAUUCAAAAGAAAAAGGAAAAAAAACAUGCACUAAGAGUUUCUAUGAAGGUGCAGCUGAGCACAUCAGCCAGGUACUUGUAAAUGCUGCCUUCUCAGCAGGCUCCAGAAACAACAUUACAGUCAUGGUGAUACUUUUUAAGGGAAGUGAGUAUCUAUUUCUGGUAUAAAAGAUAAAGGUAUAGUAAUUCAGAGUACAAAAAUACAACUCCAUAAAGACAAUCUGUCAAUGGACCAGAUUAUUAGGGUGAUACAUCAGUAACAUGCAAAUCCUUUUUAAGAAUGUAAUAAAGAAAAUGUCAAAACAGAUUUUAGAUUACACAUUACUACUUAUGUAUGUUCACUUACCAUGCCAAAAAAGAGAAAAACCAGUACUUGCUUUUUAUACCACUUUAUUCCAACCUGAGCACCUCAUAUAAAACUAAACACUGGUGAACUGUUUUCCUUACUAAUUCUGAAUCACUGUAAAUGUACAUGUUCUGCUAACAGUCCAACACUUAAAUAGAUUAAAUCAUCUCUGACACAUGGUAGGUUUCAUAUAAUGAAAAUACCUAAAACAAUUAGUGCAAUAUACUGAACUGAUCAAAAUAAGAUGAACUUUGGGAAACAAGGCUGCAAGAUUGUUACUAACAAUUCGCAAUACUUAUGUUACAAAUUACACAUACAUCGUUUAUUAUGGUUCUAGGCUGUGUAGGAACUGAAGCCCCUCUUUCAAAGGGGCAGAGAAGGAAAAAUUAGCUGUUUUAGUAACUGUACACUUUGUAUAUUUUUAAGCAACUCUUAAAUAUUACAGAAAAGUAAUAAACAUAUGAAGACUACAAUGCAGUACCCUAUUUACAGUACAGCUGAAGACAGAAUUUAAAAUAAUCAAGUUUAAAUGUACAUAAUUGUUAGUGCAUUGACUAUAUUAUGUCCAAAGGGAACAAAAGCUCCCUCUCCCUGCCCUCAAACAAAAAACCUAUGUAAUGGUCAACAGUGAUUAAA